ACACCCAUUCUCUCCAUCUCUAGCCUGCAAGCCAAAAGAGAAAGGGUCAAUUUAUCAUUUACUUCUACAGUGUGGACUGAGUAGUAAAUCUUUUCUAACAAAAUAAUAUUUUUCAGCAUUUCACCAACCCCCAGCAUAUUUCCUGUUUAAAAAGACCGAAGCUCUUCUUAACAAAUCCAGGAACCUCUCCCCCCUCAGAUAUUCGUGUCUCUCUCGAUUAAUUUCCCGACACCUUAAAAUUUUACGAGAACUGGAAAAAGAAUUGGCUGGAACGGAGAGAAAUGGACGAAGAGAAAGGCAGGCAGUACUCCGAGAGGCGAGGGAGCCGGAGAAUGAGCCGCAGCCUGAGCCGGAGCGUGAGCCGAGCCGCGGCUAGCCUAGGCGUCGAAGAAGUCUUCGGGAGCAUGCGAAGGAGCAGCCGAGCCGCAGACGAAGACGAGGAAGCCUUAAGAUGGGCUGCUCUAGAAAAACUCCCAACGUACGAUAGAUUAAGAACAACCAUCAUGAAAAACUACAAUGCAGAGUCGAGGAACCAAGGCCUUACUCCGGCUCACAAGGAAGUCGAUGUCCGAAAACUCGGAGUCGAUGAUAAACAACAGUUCAUCGAUAAGCUGUUCAAGGUUGCAGAGGAGGACAAUGAGAGGUUCUUGUUGAAACUCAGAGAUCGAGUUGACAAAGUGGGAAUAACACUUCCGACAGUAGAGGUCAGAUAUGAGCAUCUGACAAUAGAUGCUGAUUGUUUCGUCGGAGACAGAGCACUUCCGACGUUACCAAACACUGUCCGUAAUAUCUUUGAAUCGGCUCUGAGUUGCUUUGGGAUCAGCUUGGCUGAGAAGACAAGGCUCACUAUUCUUAAGGAUGCUUCUGGCAUUAUCAAGCCAUCGAGGAUGACCCUAUUGCUGGGCCCACCUUCUUCUGGGAAAACAACUCUUCUGCUGGCCUUGGCUGGAAAACUGGACUCUAGCUUAAAGGUUAGAGGCGAAAUUACGUACAAUGGACACAAGCUUAAGGAAUUUGUGCCACAGAAGACAUCGGCAUACAUUAGCCAAAACGAUGUUCAUGUCGGAGAAAUGACAGUGAAAGAGACCCUGGAUUUCUCUGCUAGAUGUCAGGGUGUUGGAUCCAGAUAUGAACUCCUGACUGAGUUAGCAAGGAGGGAAAAGGAUGCCGGGAUAUUCCCUGAAGCUGAGAUUGAUCUUUUCAUGAAGGCUACUUCGAUUGAAGGGGUGGAGAGCAGCUUGUUUACUGAUUACACAUUAAGGAUACUUGGACUUGAUGUUUGUCGAGACACUAUCGUGGGAGAUGAUAUGAUUCGAGGAAUAUCAGGAGGCCAGAAGAAGAGAGUAACAACAGGAGAGAUGAUUGUUGGACCCUGUAAGACAUUGUUCAUGGAUGAGAUUUCUACGGGUUUGGACAGCUCUACAACGUUCCAAAUAGUUAAGUGCCUGCAACAAAUUGUUCACCUGACUGAAGGCACUUUAUUGAUGUCCCUCCUCCAGCCAGCCCCUGAGACGUUUGAACUUUUCGAUGACAUUAUCCUCUUAUCUGAGGGCCGCAUUGUGUACCAUGGCCCAAGAGAACAUGUAGUUGAAUUUUUUGAGAAUUGUGGGUUUAAGUGUCCAGAGCGAAAAGGAACAGCUGACUUCUUGCAAGAGGUUACGUCAAGAAAGGACCAAGAACAAUAUUGGGUGGACAAAUCAAGAGAAUACAGAUACAUUUCAGUGACAGAAUUUUCCAACCGCUUUAAGCGUUUCCACGUGGGACUGAGGCUUGAAAAUGAAUUGGCAAUCCCAUACGACAAGACCAAAAGCCACGAUGCUGCUCUCGUGUUCAAAAAGUACUUGGUUCCUAAGAUGGAUCUCCUCAAGGCCUCAUUUGACAAAGAAUGGCUACUGAUACAGAGAAACUCCUUUGUUUAUAUCUUCAAGACUGUUCAAAUCAUCAUUGUGGCAAUUAUUGCAGCAACCGUGUUUUUAAGGACUGAACUCAACACUGUGACUGAAAAUGACGGUGGAGUUUACGUUGGUGCACUUUUAUUCGGCAUGAUCAUCAAUAUGUUCAAUGGUUUUGCUGAACUAUCUCUCACCAUACAGAGACUUCCUGUAUUUUACAAGCAGAGAGACCUUCUCUUUCACCCGCCCUGGACUUUUACACUUCCAAAUUUUUUGCUCAGAGUACCCAUCUCGCUUGUAGAAACUACGGUUUGGAUGGUCGUGACAUACUACACUAUAGGGUUCGCCCCGGAAGGCAGCAGGUUCUUCAAGCAAUUUCUGCUGAUAUUCCUUAUCCAACAAAUGGCUGCUGGGAUUUUUAGGCUUAUUUCUGGAGUUUGUAGAACCAUGAUCAUUGCAAACACCGGAGGGGCCCUUGUGCUCCUUCUCGUAUUUCUUUUGGGAGGUUUCAUCCUACCUAAAAGUGAAAUUCCAAACUGGUGGGAAUGGGGGUAUUGGGUUUCACCUUUGACUUAUGGUUACAAUUCCUUGGCUGUAAAUGAAAUGUAUGCUCCAAGAUGGAUGAAUAAACUGGGCUCGGAUAACACUACUAGACUGGGACUGGCAGUUUUGAAAAACUUGGAUAUAUAUCAAAACCAGAAUUGGGUAUGGAUAGGUGCAGCAGCUCUUUUCGGUUUUGCUGUUCUGUUUAACAUUCUGUUCACCUUUGCCCUCAUGUAUCUGAACCCUCUUGAAAGUAAGCAAGCUAUAAUAUCCAAAGAGACAGCCAUGGAGAUGAAAGCUAGCCAGGAAGAAUCUGCAGAAUCUCAAAGACUUAAAAGCAGUUCGAGAGGAGCUCACACACUCCCAAAAUCUUUGUCAGCAUCUGAUGGAAAUAAUACUAGGGAGAUGGCACUUCAGAGAAUGACCAGUAGGGGACUCAGUCGAAAUGAAGAUGCCAGACUUGAAGCUGCUGCAGGUGUUUCUCCAAAGAGAGGGAUGGUUCUUCCAUUCACUCCCCUCGCUAUGUCUUUUGACAAAGUAAAUUACUUUGUCGAUAUGCCUCAGGAGAUGAAGGACCAAGGUGUAACCGAUGACAGACUCCAGUUGCUUCAGGAAGUAACAGGUGCAUUUAGGCCCGGAGUCUUGACUGCACUGAUGGGAGUUAGUGGGGCCGGAAAGACAACAUUAAUGGAUGUUCUGUCUGGAAGAAAGACAGGUGGAUAUGUUGAAGGUGACAUCAAAAUUUCUGGAUUUCCAAAGAAGCAGGAAACAUUUGCCCGAAUCUCUGGAUAUUGUGAACAGAAUGAUAUCCACUCCCCUCAGAUUACCAUUCAGGAAUCGUUGAUUUACUCAGCUUUUCUUCGACUCCCCAAAGAAAUUAGCAAAGAAGAAAAGAUGAUUUUCGUGGAACAAGUGAUUGAUCUGGUCGAACUGGAUGACCUCAAGGAUGCUAUUGUAGGACUUCCAGGAGUCAGUGGUUUGUCUACAGAACAGAGAAAGAGGUUGACAAUUGCAGUUGAGCUUGUUGCUAAUCCGUCUAUCAUCUUCAUGGACGAACCAACUUCUGGUCUUGAUGCAAGAGCAGCAGCUAUUGUCAUGAGGACAGUUAGAAACACAGUGGACACCGGAAGAACUGUUGUUUGCACAAUUCAUCAGCCUAGCAUCGACAUAUUUGAAGCUUUUGAUGAGCUGCUACUUAUGAAAAGAGGAGGGCAAGUAAUAUACUCAGGACCAUUAGGCAGCAAUUCUCACAAAAUUAUCGAAUAUUUUGAGGCGAUUCCCGGGGUCCCAAAAAUCAAAGAAAAAUACAAUCCUGCCACAUGGAUGCUUGAAGUGAGUUCAGUUGCUGUAGAACGCCGACUGGGGAUGGAUUUUGCAGAGUACUACAGAUCAUCAGCACUGCAUCAAAGGAACCAGGCUUUAGUGAAGGAGUUGAGCAUCCCACCUGCAGGGGCGAAAGACCUUUAUUUCGCUACAGAGUAUUCUCAGCCGACAUGGGGACAGUUUAAGUCUUGCUUAUGGAAACAAUGGGUUAGUUACUGGAGAAGUCCUGAUUACAAUCUUGUUCGAUACUUUUUUACCUUGGCUGCUGCACUCAUGGUCGGGACAAUUUUCUGGAAAGUUGGCACCAAAAGGGACAGCAGCACUGAUCUCUCGGUCAUCAUCGGGGCCAUGUAUGCAGCCGUAUUAUUUGUGGGAAUUAACAAUUGCUCAACAGUACAACCAAUUGUAGCAGUUGAAAGAACAGUAUUUUACCGCGAAAGAGCAGCUGGGAUGUACUCUGCAAUCCCUUAUGCCUUAUCACAGGUCUUUGUCGAGAUACCAUACGUGCUUGUCCAAACCAUAUACUACACUCUUAUAGUGUAUGCAAUGGUGUGCUUCGAAUGGACAGCUGCAAAAUUCUUCUGGUUCUUCUUCAUAACAUUUUUCUCCUUCCUCUACUUCACAUACUACGGAAUGAUGACCGUGUCAAUCACACCAAACCAGCAAGUAGCAGCCAUUUUUGCAGCUGCAUUUUACGCACUCUUCAAUCUCUUCUCCGGCUUCUUCAUCCCCAAACCAAAAAUUCCCAAGUGGUGGAUAUGGUACUACUACCUCUGCCCCGUGGCCUGGACCGUCUACGGAUUAAUAGUAUCACAGUAUGGCGACGUAACAGACACCAUCACAGUUCCAGGAAUGUCGACUAAACCAACCAUCAAAUGGUACAUAAAUGAUCAUUAUGGCUAUGAAUCGGAUUUUAUGGCUCCAGUGGCUGUGGUAUUGGUUGGCUUUACAGUCUUUUUCGCGUUCUUGUAUGCUUACUGCCUUAAAACAUUGAACUUCCAGACAAGAUAGAGGACUGAAGAUCAGAGGGAGGUCUGUGAGUGUAUAUUUUUACGUAGAAAUUCAAGAAAUAGGAUUCAUAAUAGUCGAUUGAGGUUUAUAGUAAGUGUGAAUAUAUGAAAUAUUUAUUCCAAGCAAAAUAUAUGAAUUUGAAGUUAGCUAGCAUAUUGUUUAGUUGAGGAUUCAGUGUAAGACCCGAUCGAGAAUUUAUUGAAAUCCAAGUUUUCCAUUCUGGAUA